AUGAAGCCCUCAGCUUGCUGGACGUGUCGCUUGCGCCACAAAAAAUGCGACGAGUCACUGCCAAUUUGUGGCGCUUGCGCAGCGCUAGAGAUCGAUUGCCACUAUUCCCUCCAAAAGCCCCAGUGGAUGGAGACGAAAAAUCGUCAGCGUGAAGCCAUGACACUGAUAAAGGGUCAGGUUAAGAGAAGCGCAAAACGUCGGCGCGGAAUUGCCCAAAUGAAGACCAUCGCCAAAGGAAUCGAUGGCAACUCGGGACCCGAUACACCGGGGCCAUGUUCCGAUCCUCUCGCCCAAGAAACUCAUUAUUCAUUGGUUACACCAUCGUCAGAACCAAUUACCUCACCAACGAUAAGUCCGCCUGAAGAUGGCGUAGCCUUGGUUGCAGUAUAUAUGGACUACAUCUUCCCCAUUCUUUUCCCCUUCUACCGACCAUACAUCACCCAAGGCGGACGCGUCUGGUUGCUAUCCCUAGCCAUGAAUAAUACCGGAUUCAUGAGCAGUAUUGUUAGCAUCUCUUCACUCGUCCUGUGGCUUGUCCCUGCUCAUGCUGGCCCAGGACAAGAGGCUUGUGCCUCAAAAACAUUAGACGAAAUUCAUACGCAGGCUAGCGUCGCCCUUGGUAGUAUGCAGCGCGACUUGGAGAACCUUCAUCAACGUGGCAUCAAGAACUGUCUUUCUGAUACCGUGCAACUGCUCGCAAAUAUGAUGCAGCAGCUUAGUUUUGAACUUGCAAUUGCGCCGUCAGGAAACUGGCAGGCCCAUUUGGAUGCCGCUACUAACCUAUUCCAGCAAAUCCUCGAGCAUCAUGGCAAGGUUGGCGCGACUCGGCAAAUGUCCACCGUGCUCAGUAACUUAUCUGGACCUUCUUGGCCGGGUGCAGUUCAUGCCUUGAAUACCGAACAGGGGGUAUUUCGCUUCUUCUCUAGUAUUCUGCUAGUUGCCGAUAUCAUCUCCAGCACGGUACUUGACCAACCUGCAAAGCUACUUGAUUAUCAUUCCGAGCUGCGACACAGCCACUUGUGCCAGAAGCCCAGUGCAAACCUUGAAGAGAUAACUGGAUGUGAAACCUGGGUUCUGCUGGUUAUAAGCGAUAUUUCAACUCUCUCACAGUGGAAGAAAGAUCAGAUGAUAAGUGGCAAGUUGUCAAAAGAUGAGCUGAUUUAUCGAGCGACUUCGAUCGAGAGGAUUCUCAACAACGGUCUUGAUAAGCUAGACCAAUAUGACAAUAGAGAGGACAAGACCCAACACACUCGGCCAUUAGAGUUGCUUCUCAAUCAAUCUGGAUCUCCGUAUGGCUGUUCGUCUGCUUCGUCGAAAGAAUGGUUACCGUUAACGCGGAUCUGGAUUUAUGCGGCCCGCACAUAUACCCUUUCUACUAAGCUGAUCAAUAGUAGCGAGACCUCUGAGCUCGAGAUAAGCGCAAAGCAGUUAAUCCAGUCUUUUGACGGCAUCAAUUCGUCACCAUGGCUGCGGUGGCUCGCCUGGCCGCUUUGUGUGGCUGGCAUCUAUGCCAGUAAAGAGCAACGGCCAGCGAUUUCCAAGAUCAUGGGCUUGAGAGGACAUGGCAGAAGCAAGAUGCAGGUGAAGCUUGUUUAG